GCUGCAAAUCUUUCCAAACUAAGCCUUUUCAUCAUCGUCGUCAGCAAAUUAACACAUAUAUAUAGCAGCAAGAUGGCUGGGCAGCAGUUGAAACCGGUGGCCGCGUUGCUUCUAGUCCUCAACUUCUGCAUGUAUGUGAUUGUUCUGGGCAUUGGUGGAUGGGCCGUUAACAAAGCCAUUGAUCAUGGUUUCUACAUUGGUCCAGGAUUUGACCUCCCAGCACAUUUCUCUCCCAUAUACUUCCCGAUGGGAAAUGCUGCGACUGGGUUCUUCGUGAUCUUUGCUUUGAUCGCAGGCGUGGUUGGUGUUGCAUCUGUCAUCUCUGGAUUGAACCAUGUCAAUUCUUGGGGGAGUGGCACCUUGCCUUCAGCUGCUUCUGCUGCUGCCAUUGCUUGGAGUCUUACCCUCCUUGCUAUGGGAUUUGCCUGCAAAGAGAUAGAGCUGCAAAACAGGAAUGCGUGCUUGAGAACAAUGGAGGUAUUCUUAAUUAUCCUUUCAGUCACACAGCUUCUAUAUAUAGCAGCCAUCCACAACACUUAAUGGAGGAGAGGAACUUUGAUGAUCAUAUAGCCACAUUUUGUGCGGUUUGUGUCUUGAUUGUGCUUUAUUUCUUUGAUGAAUUUGUUUCGACUCUACUCUUUGGUGGUGUGUGCACAAAAGCAGGGUGAUCAAUAGAUUGUGUUAUGUUUGGUUUGGUAUGAAUUAUACACAAAUGGAUUGGAGGCUGCUGUAAUGUACAAAUUGACAUCACAUGCAAUCUUAGUUCAACAUCCACAAGAUUUGAGAGAGCUUAGACUUAUUUCUUUCCUUGUUCCUAUCCAUUGAUCAACUAAUGUGAAAUGACAUGGAUCCAUACUGCAAC